CCAUCACUUGCAAAAAUGCCAAAACUUAUCCCGGCCCAAGAGGCCGCCCGGAUUUACCACACGAACUACGUGAGAAACGCGCGGGCGGUUGGCGUGCUUUGGACGAUUUUCACCAUCUGCUUCGCUAUUAUCUCCAUGGUUGUCUUCAUUCAGCCCUACUGGAUUGGAGACAGCGUGGACACCCCUCAGUCCGGCUACUUCGGACUCUUUCACUACUGUAUUGGGAACCCUAUCACUGGAGAAUUGGUAUGCAAAGGAAGCGCGCUGGACUUCGGCUCCAUUCCGUCUGGAGCAUUCAAGACUGCUAUGUUUUUUGUGGGUAUUUCGUUCCUCCUGAUCGUUGGUACGAUCGGUUGCUUUGGUUUAUUCUUCUUCUGCAAUGCCGCCAGUGUCUACAAGAUCUGCGCGUGGAUGCAGCUCGCGUCUGCCACGUGCAUGGUGAUAGGGUGCAUGAUCUACCCAGACGGCUGGGACUCGGAGGAGGUGAAGCGCAUGUGUGGCCAGCGCACGGACAAGUACACGCUGGGGAACUGCACGGUGCGCUGGGCCUAUAUCCUUGCCAUCAUCAGCAUCGUGGACUCGCUCACCCUUUCCAUCCUGGCCUUCAUACUGGGCAACCGGCAGGACAAACUGCUGCCAGAAGACUUCCAGGUGGAAGAGAACAAAGAAGAAGCAUGACACCUCUGAUGGACAUCUGAACCCUGACGGGACAUCUGAACCCUAACUUAUCUGAACACUAAAAGGACAUCUGAACCAUAAUGGACACCUGAACCGUAACGGGAUUAAGUAGCCCAAAUGUCCCCCUUUUUCCCUUGGUUCUCUCUUUGAGUAUCGUCUGUGGAUUUGGGAAAUGUC